UAGUUAAAUAGAAAGUAUAAUGUUUUUAAAAUUACUUUUACUUCAGAUUCUGUUUAAAAUUCCAUGACUUGCCGCCUUGUUUAGACUUAGUAAAUGAUUGGGCCGUAUCUGAUAGAACAAGUAUGGCGAUGGGAGAACAUUAAUGUUAGAAAUUCGUUAUUAAAUUUUAAAAGACUAUAUUGUCUUUGAAGAAAGGUAAGAAUGGUUUAGUGUUAAAAAUUACAUGUUUUUUAUGUGUCUAUUUUCCUAUUAGAUUUUUGGUUAUAUCGCUUCAAAGAGACCUUUACCCUAUCAGUGGUGUUUGAUAAUGUCUUUCUUGUUGUCAGCAACUACAACCAAAGGAAUAUGUCAAAACUGAGAGGUGAGUGCAAAAAUAUAGGCCAGAAUAAGAUUUUUGAAAGCAAAGAAAGCCGCCAUCCUUGUGUUCUUUGUAACACAGUGCUUGACAGUAAAGAAGCUUUACAAGAUCAUUUUAGAAAACAUGCUAACAAAGAAAUAGAUUUGAAAGGAAGGACGCUUGGACCUGAAGGCGAAUUGAAACAGACUACAAAGAAUGGAGUUUAUAUCAGAGGUAGCGGAUCUCAAGUCAAUACAAAGAUCAAGUGCGAUGUUUGUGGUGAAGAGUUCAACUGUAAUACAAGGGCAAUACAGCAUAAAUUUAGAAAGCAUCCUUUCGACGCAGUCAAGCAUUAUUGCCCUCAGUGUGGAAUGCAAUUUCCUUUACAAGGCCAUCGGGAUAACCAUUUGAAAGAACAACACGAGUCAGAUCAUGUGCCAAAGAAUCCUUAUCCUUGUUACCAAUGUGGAGCUAUAUUUUUUAACAAAGCUGCACAUGAAUACCAUGACAAAUCUGCUCACCACAGGGUAGUAACUUUAUAUAAACAAAUACAAACACCACCUCCUUCCAAAAAGAUUCGUUACAACAAUGCUGGUGAACCACAAAGCGUCUAUUAUUGCCAUUUGUGCGGACUUGAAUAUAUUGUGAAAUUCAACCUGCAGAAGCAUCUGGAGCGACAGCAUCCCGUAGAGGAGAGAGCUAUGCAGCCCGCAGAAUUAUUCAAAUGCAAUACUUGCGAUGCUCUAUUUUAUAACCAAAAAGCUUACCUCAACCACAACAAUUAUCACAGGCCGAAUGAUCUGUAUGUUACUUCUGAAGAGCAGAGGCUGCAAACAGUGACUCGUGUUGACCAAGACUUUGAUAUCCGAAGGGUUCAGCCGGCAGCGGAGAGAUAUAUUCCAAGAUUCAGGCGAAGGAGAGUACCCGUCACGCCGAGCAGUAAGUUUGUAGUAAAUAAGACCCGCAAAGAAAAAGAAGAUGAAGAAAUGUCUCCGCCUCCGAAUUCCGACUCAGAUUCUGAUCAUGAACACAGUUCAGAAAACACUCAGCAAGAUUAUGAAAAAAAUAAAGUUACCUCAAAUUCCAAAGAAAUUGAAGAAACUUCGCAGGAAGUUGAAGAUAAACAGAAUGCAAAUGAAACAUCGGAAGAUGUAAAAGAAAAUUCUGUUCAGCGGGUUCUGUGAAUGCCCGAAUUCUAGUCAGUUGAAUUGUAACUGGUUGUGACGAGAGUAUCGUUUAUUUAUUUAUUUAUUCUUUAUUAAGAUCUGUUAUUGAAACAAAUUGGUGAAUAGUUUAUGAAAAACUUUAUUUAAUAUUUUUUCUGCAGCUAAAAUUCCAAAAAAAAUAUUUCAUUUUCAUCGUAUAUUUUAGAUAUAUUUAUAUGU